AUGGUGUUUCAACUUCGAGGCGUUCAAGAGGCAAUACCUGGCAACGCAGUGUUCCUUGACGCUGAAGACGCCAGCCGGAAUGAUCAAAAUCGACGAGGCUCCACGCCAAGCUUUCGACGGCAGCGAUGGCUAGCGGACUCACUUUGGAACCCUCGAGCAGCCUCCACCGCAAUGUGCCCGCACCGAGGCAUGGAAGACGCAUCCGACGACAUCCCGGACACGAAGGUCGGCCAGUGGCCAAAGUGGACAGCAACGGGCGCACCGACGCAAAAAGGCACUGCCUUGAGGGUUGAAAAGAACGCUUGGGAGACGCAGAGACUGUGCAUUAAUCAGUCUGCAGGCUCCCGCGCCGAGACCACCGAAGCCAACAAAGUGGACGGCCGAGGACGAUUCCGCACUCGAAGACGCUUUCCAAAUGGCAGAGGCGCGGCACGCAGCCUAAUUCAGCCGCGCAGCUCCUCGAUCAAUGCGGCUGCAGGCGGAAAGGGUCACCGCAAAAGCUUUGUCGGAGCAAUCCGAUUCAGAUGCCGCGGUGGGCCCUCCUCAUGGACAUCGCGGCGCUGCAGCACGACGGGGCGGCGCCAAUGCGAACGCCACGGAACAAAGCGGGCCCAGCAUCGAGGCAGGCCCGCCGUCGGCUUGCUCUGCAACAAAUUAGGUUCUAUUCUUCGGAUAGCCAGAAGCAUAUAUAUCUACACACAUAGCCGCAUGCUUCGACGCCAAGAACUUAAUGUCACGUAA